AGUCCGGAGAGUCGGGGACUCUGUGGCACCUGUCUCCAGGCGCCUUGGUUUCAGCGACGCGAUGCUGCCUGCUGCCCCGGGAAGAACGGGCGGGAGCCGGGAGCGGCCUCCCGGCUGCCCAGCGCCCCCAGAAAAUACAAAAGACAUCAUAAUGAUAUAUGAAGAAGAUGCUGAGGAAUGGGCUCUGUACUUGAGGGAAGUUUUUUCACAAAUUGUGAAAAUGGAAGCAAUCUUGUUAUAUCACUUGGAGAAUUACUCUCUACGGGAUUUGGAACUGCUGAAUUUAAACUCUUAUAAAUGCAAACUUUUGAUAUUAUCAGAUAGCCUGCUUAAAGACCUUACUCCAAAGAAAUGUCAGUUUCUGGAAAAGGUACUUCACUCACCAGAAAGUGUGGUUACCCUGCUGUGUGGAGUAACAAGUUCAGAUCAGCUCUACAAAUUGUUAAACAUCUCUGAAAGCAGAUGGGAGAUCUCAGCUGAGCAGGGACCCGAAGAUUACAUCUCUGUAAUUGAGAGUAUCAUAUUUGGAGGUUCUAACGACUACCUUGAGGUCAACAUUGCAACAGAUGUAAAAGUGAAACAUUCUGGGAAAGUAGGUGAGAGGAAUGUAAUUGAAGAAUUAUCAGAAGUUUCAAAAAGCAGUCCACCACUGGCUAUGGUGCUUCCCACUGAAAUUCCCUGUGAGAAUCCUGGUGAAAUAUUUAUUAUUUUGAGAGAUGAAGUAAUUGGUGAUGCUGUGGAGGUUCGAUUUACGUCAGAUAAUAAAUGUAUUAGAAUACGGCCAACCCUUUGGAAUAAAACAGUCUGGUGUAUGAAAGCUUUAGAUUUCCCUGCUGGUUUUGUCAAUGUCGAUGUCUACUGUGAUGGAAUCAUGAAGGCCACAACUGAGAUUAAAUACUAUACAACAGAAAAGGCUGGGGGAUGCCUGUCGGGAGUGGCAGGUUCAGGAGAUGGUGUGUGCAAGAAUGACAUGGACGAACUUGAUGUUAUUCUCACAUCUGUAUUCAAACAACAGAUACCAUAUUAUGAGUUGCAAUCUCUCCAAACUGAAAUGUACCCUCAAAAAGAAUAUACUAAUUUCAAAGAACUUCCAACUCUUCUCCACUGUGCAGCAAAAUUUGGCUUAAAGAACUUGGCUAUUCAUUUGCUUCAAUGUUCAGGAGCAACCUGGGCGUCUCAGAUGAAAAAUUGGGAAGGUUCAGAUCCAGCACAUAUUGCUGAAAGGCAUGGUCACAAAGAACUCAAGAAAAUCUUUGAAGACUUCUCAGCUCAAGAAAUUAGUAGAAACAAUGAGCAAGAAUAUGACUAUGAAGAGGACAUUACUUCACUUCCUGAAUAUCUUCCCACCAUACAGAACCCAGCAUUUCAUCAUGAAAGUGGGGAGACAUACAGGCCGAGUGCUGAAGGAACUGAGGUGAAUGAAACAGCAAAGGAAGAAAAGGAGAAUGAAUCAAGCACAGAAGCCGACUAUAUCCUACCAGAGGCUGAUGAUGAGAGUUCUGAGGACCAGUAUGAUGACUUGUAUAUGUUCAUUCCUGGAGACAGCCCAGAAAUUAAUUCACAAGAGCCACUUGGGGACAAUAGACCACCUCUCCCCCCGCCACGACCUGUAGUUGCUGCCCUCCAACUGGAUAAACCUCACCUCACAUUACAAGGGAAAAUGUUGGAAGGCCAAAUGGAAAGAAGUCAAAAUUGGUGUGAUCCCAGUGCAAGACAGGAAACAGGAGGUGAACCUGAAAGAGAGACAGAAAAGACAGAAGAUAAAAAGAAGCAGCAGGAGGAAGAGGAAGACCCAUACACUUUUGCUGAGAUCGAUGACAGUGAAUAUGACAUGAUACUGGCCAAUCUGAGUACAAAGAAAAAAGUUGGAGGUCGGUCUUUUAUUAUAAACAGACCUCCUGCCCCCACACCUCGACCAAUAAGUGUCCCUCCAAAAGAAGAAACCACACCGUACAUAGCUCAAGUGUUCCAACAAAAGGCAGCCAGAAGACCAUCUGAUGGCGACAAGCUUCAUGGUCCCAGGAAACAAGACAGGCCUCGAGUGGAGAGUCAAGCCUUUCCCACUGUGAUGGGCUUCGUGGCUGCGCAGCAGGAAGAACUCAUCCUCCUGCAGGAGAAAGUAAAAAACGGGAAACUCUCCAUGGACCAAGCCCUUGAGGAAUUUAAACACUGGCAGAUGGGAAAGACUGGCUUGGAAAUGAUUCAGCAGGAAAAACUGCGCCAACUAAGAGAUACCAUUAUUGGGAAGAGGCCAGAAGAAGAAAAUGUCUAUGACAAGCUCACUAUUGUGCACCAUCCAAAUGGUAACGAAAGUGUCCACAAUGAAAAUACUUCAUAUAGCAUACCUUUCGGCAAUAAGCAUCCUGCUCGACUCCAAGUUGAAAAGGAAUUUGGUAUCUGUUGCAGAAAAGAUCACUAAGGAAGGUUUAUAAUGAAACAAGAAUCUGCAGA